GCGCGCGCAGAGCCGCUCUUCCCCAUCGGUGGCCGCAUAGUUGUCUGAUGAGUCAGGAAUGUGGUUGCAUGCCUUACACAUGAGCUAUUACUGAACACAGGCCCCAGUAGAGCACAGCCAGUGCGCUCAUUCACAGACGGGGAGGGCGCGAGCGAGCGAGAGGGAGGAGGCUCAACAAUAGAGAGGCAGGAGCGCGCCGAGCCAAAGUCAGAAGCGAAGAGACGCGCCAGAAGAAAGAGUGCCUUUUCAUCUUCAAAAAGGAAACAUCUCCACCUCUGAUCCCUGUCCAGCGCUCGUCUGAGCUCCGAGUGGAUUGUGGAGGUUUUCUGCGCGUCGCCUGGAUGCCCGUUGACUUGGUGAUCCCUCCUCAGCUGUGGACAGACAUGCACGAGAGCGAGAUGAGGCUGAAGAUGCGCGUCAGGCGCAUCAAGGAAGGGCGAGAUCUGAGAGGUGGCUUUGCAGCUUUCUCUUCCUGUUUUCCUGACCUGUGUGAGAGCAAACCAGCCACUAUUCUACCUCUCAGCCUGUCCCAACCCUGUUUACCUGUGGCCAACGUCGGUCCCACCCGGAUCCUGCCCCACCUGUACUUGGGCUCCCAGAGAGACGUCCUCAAUAAGGAACUGAUGACUCAGAAUGGAAUCACCUACGUUCUCAAUGCCAGCAACACCUGCCCCAAACCUGACUUCAUCAGCGACAACCACUUUAUGCGCAUUCCCGUCAACGACAGCUACUGCGAGAAGCUGCUUCCUUGGUUGGAAAAAACCAACGAGUUCAUUGACAAAGCCAAGGUGUCAAACUGCAGAGUCAUCGUCCAUUGCUUGGCUGGCAUAUCCCGCUCUGCAACCAUUGCCAUUGCCUACAUUAUGAAAACUAUGGGCCUGUCUUCAGAUGAUGCUUACAGGUUUGUGAAGGACUGUAGGCCAUCAAUAUCGCCAAACUUCAACUUCUUGGGUCAGCUGCUGGAGUUCGAGAGAGGCUUGCAGAUGAAGAAGAGUCUGCCCUGUGACCCUGUAAGGUUAGCAGGGAAGCCAACUGAAGAGGUGGCAGAUGUCCGAAAGACGGAGAGCAAUCGCUGCGACCAGCAGACUCCACAAGCUGCAGAGAUCACCCUAAAGCCUCCAUUGCCUACCUCGCUGCAGAAAGACCUAAGCUCCCUUCACCUGUCCACCGAACGAAUCCAUCAAAACAAACGGCUCAAGUGCUCCUUCUCCCUUGACAUCAAGUCUGUCUACUCCUCGAACCAAAACCAGCAAUAUUCUCCCAACUCCUCAUCGGACUCGGAAAGCAUACCCAAACUCUGCAGACUUGACAGUCUAAAGAACAGCAAUGGAGUAUGCCAGUACCCUUCAACGAUGAACCACCCAAGCCCUACGCAGUGUACUAGCAAGUCCAGGACGAGCCAGAAAAGCGAGAGCUGGGAAAAUGGUGGCUUGGAGAGGUUAACUCUUUCCCUCAAUCUGAAGCAAGGUAACUGCGGGCCAAGACCCCAGGAUCCCAUUUGCGAGACCAACUUGAAGGCACCUUCUUUCCUCAGCUUGCCGCUGGGUACAUCUGCUUCUUGGACCAUGCAUAGAGGCUCGAAUGAAGCCACCACCCCAAUCACACCCACUGGUGACUGUCCUUGGUUCUUAGGCACUAAUUUGGCACCAUCUGGAACAGGGAGCACCGUGCAUUUUGGCAGCGGUCCUGCCUGCGUGGCUUACAGUUGCAUUGGCCAAGCUGGCAACUCCAAGCCCAGAGACAAAACACCGGAGCCGCUGGACUUUCAAAACAGUUGGCUCGAGGACGGGAAAGCAGUAGUGUGCAGCGUAUCACAAGUGGACACGAAGUACAAGCGCCGCAGCUGCCAGAUGGAGUUCGAAGAGGGUAUUAACACAACGCAAAGCAGCGAGGAAUUUGGGAAACUGGGCAAGCAGUCCAGUUUCUCUGGUAGCAUGGAGGUCAUCGAGGUAUCCUGACAAAGAUGACAAUCUAACGUGAAGGCAAUAACUCCAGCGAAAGCUGUUUAUUUAUCACAGAGUUCUGUUGUUAAAGAGCUUUGCAUCUAAGAGGGACUCGUGUCUGAUGCCUUUUUCAAACUAGGGUUGAAAGGGUGUAGUUUAGGUGUAAAAUGAUACACUAAAGACGCUGUCCAUUUGGUUUUGCAAAAAGCCAAGUCUCUGGUAUGGUGCUGGACUACAAGUGUUUUUAAGGAGAUUAUAGACUACGAUAUGCACUCACACCAAAGACCUCACAGAGUGACCUUUUUCUGGCAUGUCAUCUUAUGGUACACUCAGAAUGAAGGAGCACGACGGAGGACAUCCUUCUAGCAUGACCAUACAAUGACACUAAACAUGAAAGAAUGAAACGAGUGUGUGUAUGUGUGUGUUUAUGCUGGUUUUGAUGCAAAUUAGGGCAGUCGCACUUAACGGUGACUUCUGAGGGGGAACUGUAUGUAUGCCCAACUUUGAGAAGAUGUAAUUGCUGUGCGACGUUUAUUUUUUGUCAUUGCCCAAUGUUCUAUUUAGCUACAAAUUGAGUAAAUAAGGGCAGUUGCAGUCAAUAAUGUCACUGUUCAGUGUUGUAUAUUUUAUCAACAGUGUAAUAAAAGAGUGAAAAUAUGAAGUGUAUGUUCAAGCUGAGAUAAUCUCAGACCUACUACUGUGCGCUGAGCAUGCUCAGAAUGGCUGGCUACCUACAAACAGACAAGCUGCAUCCAGCAGCACUAUGUACUAAGCUGUAAAACUAGACAUA